AACUGCUCACUGCUGAACUGAGGUCACUGUGUGUGUGUUGUGUCUGUUUAGCUGGAGCUGCUUACAGCUGAUUGGAGCUCUGAUUAUAUUUUGAUAGGAGGAGACACACACAAGCUUGUAAACUCUACAAUUCACACUGCUGACAGGAAGCUCACAGACUCUCUAUAAACAUCCACAGCAUGAACCUUUUAAUGUGUCAUGUGUUUGCUGUCAUAUUCCUCAGUGUUUAUGAAAGCCAUUGUAAGUCUCACCCUAAACCGUCAUGUGGAUAUCCUCCUUCCCAAUGGUGCAGGUCUUUGGAGAUUGCUAUAGAAUGUGGGGUGCAGAAACAAUGUAUGGAAUUGAAUGCAACCCGGCCAGACCCAUUGGUUCCUCCCGUAGAAGUUACUCUGUACUAUGAGAGUCUGUGUCCUGGAAGCAGAGCUUUCCUGACGGAGCAACUCUUCCCAACCUGGACUUUACUGAAAGACAUAAUGAAAGUUUACCUGGUGCCCUUUGGAAAUGCUGAGGUGCUUUCUGAACAGAAUUCAUUCUCUUGUCAACAUGGAGAGCCAGAGUGCUACACUAACAUGGUGGAGGCAUGUGUUUUACAUGCAGCUGGUCAUGCUGCAUUGCCUGUCAUUUAUUGCAUGGAGUCAUCUGCAGAUGUACUAAAAUCGGCUAAGCCUUGUUUGCAGCUUGGUGCACCAUUAGUUAAAUGGGUGGCCAUAGAGACCUGUGCAAGAGGACAGCUUGGCCACAGAUUGAUGUAUGAGAAUGCAGUGAAGACACAGGCUCUCAAACCAGGACACACUCAUGUGCCCUGGGUUACGUUCAAUGGGGAAUACAAGAGUGAAUGGGAAGACAAAGCUAUGUCCACUCUCUUCAGCCUUGUAUGCAAAUUGUACAAAGGAAUAAAGCCACCAGCCUGCACUGGAGCCCUGAAAAAAUUGAACCGAAGCUUUUGCUAUAAGGAGGGAGCUACACAUUAGUUUUUGUGUUUAGUAAAAGCUAAAUGUAUAAUGCUGUAGUUUAAACAAACUUUUGUUAAAUUAAAGGUUAAGUGUGUAAUUUCUGCUCCACUAACAUCUCCAAGUGGAACUGCAAAUAUGAUGACUGUUUUCAAACAUAUUUUCCUGAACACUCCCCUGUCUUCCAUUGGUUGUUGGAACAUAAAGUACAAUCCUAAGCUCACACUUGAGCUAAAGGACUACUUGCAAAACAUAUUCUGCUUUCUACUUAGUGCAGCUCAAGCAUUUCCACUAACAAUGUUCAGUGCACGAACAUGCAGAUAUUUAUUCAUGGAAAGGAAUUUUAUUCCUACUUUUUAGAGCUGUCAGUUGAUUAAAACAACAAAUCAUGUUUUUGCCGCUAACAUGACUUGAUAACAUGAUUUAUGUCUCCCUUUUCAAAUUUACCCUCAGAUUCUGAAUAACAAAUCAAAUGUAUUAAACCUGCAGGCCUUAUCGUUAAGUCAUGUUUCAUUAAUUGAUGAUUAUUUUAAAUCUGUUGAGC